AUGCAGUCACGUCCACCUGCUAGACAAUUGACGCCAACUCGUGCUCGUGAACUUGACGAGUCUUACUUCGCUAUGAUGAAUCCAUCGCCAAUUCUCCCAAGGGCAGAAGUUGUCUCAAAGCAGGCGACCAAAGUCACCGCUCUAUCGGCAAAGCUUGAGUGGAAAAUUGAGCAGUUUGAACGUCUCAUGAAGCUCUCUAAGAACGGCCAGAAUCUCAUCUCUAAGCAAUUUGGCUGUCCAGAAGCUACCGUUGUUUCUUGGGAACUGCACGUCUAUCCAAAUGGGAAGCGCGAUGAAGAUGCAACUAACGUGUCAUUCUUCUUGCGUCAAGUUGGCCUCGCGCGUGGUGAGGAGCCGAUCAUGACUGAAUUUCAAAUUUACGCAUUGAAUAAAGAAAACCAACGUGUUAGUGUCUGCCGCGACACGAAGGAUUUCACCAAUCAACAAGGUCGUGGGAAGUUUCAGGUGUCGCGUGAAAAAAUGAAUAACGCUAUUCGGAGCGAUGGUAGCUUGAUGCUUGUGUGCGAAGUGGAGUACUUCCCACCUGGAGCCAAGAUGAGUGUGGAAACAGCUGAAGAUGCUUCAUUUAUGCAAGAAAGCGAGGAGAACGCUGUUCGCGACGCAAACCGAGAAAUGUGGCUGAAAGAACUUUUUACUGACUGUGUCAUUCAGGUUGGCGGUAAGCAAAUCAAGGCUCACAAGUGCAUCCUGGGCCAGCACUCGGAGGUUUUCCGCACCAUGUUUACGACCGAGACGAUGGUUGAAGCAAAGGGAGGAAUCAUUGAUAUCAAGGAUUGCAAGUAUGAGCCCGUGUACGCGAUGGUCAACUACAUUUACACCAACGCUUUUGAACUGGAUGAGACUUGUGCUGAAGAUGUCUUGCAUGUUGCUGAUAAGUAUGCCGUUUUCCCGCUUAAGGAAAAGUGCGAGAAGUGUCUGGCCAGUCAAUUGACUUUGAAGAACUUCUUCAGCAUACUUGUCGUCGCUGAUAUCUACUCUGCUGAAAUCCUCAAGAAUGCUUGCGCGCGUUUCUUCUUUGAGAAUCAAAAGAACAUCACCCACUCGGCUGAAUGGAAACAAAUGAAGCCACUUCGUCCUUUCUUGCUUAUAGAGAUUAUGGAAGCGGCAUUCGACAUUGGUGCAUCUGAUUGUCCUGUUAGUUCGUCUUUUACUACAAUCGAAGCUGUUGAGGAACCUAGGCAAUCUCGCAAGCGUGUUCGCAGUUACGGUCUUAGACCAAGAAGGGAUCAUAGUUUAUCCCCACCGCUCAACCGGCGCAAAUAUGAAAAGUCGGUCAUCGCUCCGCAA